CUCAGGAAAUGGGCAAAAAAAGCAACUUUCCAGAGUAAAAGCAGCCUGCUAUUAAACCAAGGCAAGAGUCCCCAGAAAGCGGUGCGAAGACUAGUGGAGGGGCCCACAGAACAUGUCAAGAUAAUGUUUAAGGUGACUUGUAAUGUUUGGCAAAGGUUUAACCUAGCUUACUUUUGACCAGCCAUGAUGAAAGGAUGUGAGGGCAAACCUCUCCGCACAGCGGAGACCAACGGUGGCCGUCACUGUCACGCCAUGCGUGCUUCACCUGGCGGCGCGCAUCCGGAACACCUGACCGGAGAGGCCUUCAGAACAGAAGAGGGUUUCCCAGCCAACUCCAGAGACGCUGGAGCAACGGCUUCAGUUUCCAUCUUAUCACCCGGAGCGGCAACUUGGCCAGAGAGGGAUGGUCGCUGAGCCGCACCAAUACUAUAGGUGUACUGAUGACAACCGACAACUAUCAUUUCAUUGAAACGGCAGAGAAGCUGCCGAGCCGUCGCUUGCCGUUUUCCAGCUACAGUCAUGGACGAGCUUCUGCUGGCCAGCGGCGGCGAGGAAGAGGACCAUCGCUCGGAACGCUCGUCCUGCGCGGCCGGGGAUGGAGGGGGAACAGCGGAGCGCCUCAAGUCUUUCCUCUGCGCCGCUGCCAGCCGUGACGUCCGCCUGACGCUGCGCAACUUUGCCAAGAGGAACGGCCUCCUGACCCUGUCGGUGGCGGCCGUGCUGACUGGCUGCGCGCUGGGAUUUGUGCUGAGGGCCACGCAGCUCUCCACGCAGGCCAAGAUCUACUUCUCCUUCCCUGGCGAACUUCUCAUGAGGAUGCUGAAGAUGCUCAUCCUGCCGCUCAUCACCUCCAGCUUGAUGUCGGGACUCUCGUCGAUGGAGUCUCGUGCGUGCUGCCGCAUGGGCGUGCUGACGGUGACCUACUACCUGUGGACCACCUUCAUGGCGGUGGUGGUGGGCAUCGUGCUGGUGAUCAUCAUCAAGCCGGGCGCCGGCACUGACAUGGAGAGCAACCGGCUGGGGGGCGGGCCCGUCAUGACCUCGGCCGACGCUCUCCUUGACCUCAUCAGGAACAUGGUGCCGUCCAAUCUGAUUGAGGCAACCUUCCAGCAGUACAAGACGGACCUGGUGCCCAUUCUGAAAGUGCCCGCCCGGACGGUGACGCCCAACUUUGUGUACAUGCUGCCCGCCGCCGAGGGCCGAACGGUGGUGCUGGAGCUGACGCCGCCGCCCCAAGUGACGUACAAGACCAACCCGGGAAGCAGCCAGCAGAUGAACGUGCUCGGCAUUGUCAUCUUCUCAGCUACCAUGGGAUUGCUGCUGGGCAGGAUGGGCGAGCGCGGCGCGCCGCUGGUCAACGUGUGUCAGUGCAUCAACGAGUGUGUCAUGAAGAUCAUCAACGCCGCUGUGUGGUACUUCCCAUUCGGGAUCAUCUUCUUGGUGGCUGGCAAGAUCCUGGACAUGCAGGACCCCAGCACUUUGGGCCGCAAGUUGGGCUGGUACGGCGUCACCGUGCUGGCCGGCCUCUUUGUGCAUGGCCUGCUGCUGCUGCCCCUCUUCUACUUUCUGCUGACUGGGAAGAACCCAUUCACCUUCAUCCGCGGCCUGCUGCAGGCCUUGGUCAUCGCCCUGGCCACCUCGUCCAGCUCGGCCACGCUGCCCAUCACCAUGAAGUGUCUCCUGGAGAAGUGCCACGUGGACCGGCAGAUCGCCCGCUUCGUGCUACCCGUGGGCGCCACCAUCAACAUGGACGGCACGGCGCUCUACGAGGCCGUGGCCGCCAUCUUCAUCGCGCAGGUCAAUGACUACGAGCUGGACUUUGGCCAGCUGGUCACCAUCAGCAUCACCGCCACAGCCGCCAGCAUCGGCGCGGCCGGCAUCCCUCAGGCGGGCCUGGUUACCAUGGUGAUCGUGCUCACCUCCGUGGGCCUGCCCCCCGACGACAUCACGCUCAUCGUGGCCAUCGAUUGGAUCCUGGAUCGAUUUCGCACCAUGAUCAACGUGCUGGGCGACGCGCUGGCGGCGGGCAUCAUCGCACACCUGUGUCGCAAGGACUUCCCCCUCAGCGGCGAGGGAAAGACCGUCCCGUCGUACGGCACACACGAGUGCAGCAACGGCGCCCAGCACGUGGACGUGCCUUUGACACACGUACACACGCAUGGAGACGGUGACGCGGCAUUUGAGAGGCACGCGCACACAGUCUACUACAACAUCUGCCAGGUGUGAGUGCGAACGCGGUUAGCCGCUGUUACCGCGGCGACAUGAACAUUCCAACGACCUCCGUGUCACCCGAGCAAUCUUCUGGGUGUGUGCGCAUGCGCAGGUCUAGCCACUGACCACGCAAGAUGGUCGCGUCUCUUCUGACAACGAGUGAGCGUCAUUGUUGGCGGCAGUGGCCAGGGCGCACGCUGUCGUGCAUCUCUUGGGGCCCAUUCUUGAGCUUUGGCGCUUUACUUCCCGUUUCCAUGUCAAUGUCGACAAAGCAACUCACACGUCAACCCUCGCAUUGAUUUUCUUAGUAUUAGUUUGUGCCAGGGUUAUUUUAGGUCACGAAAACAAAGUAACUCAAAUUGACAUUGAAAACAUUGAAUUUUUGUUCAUGGAAAAAAAAAAAAACGUUCUCAAAAAUGAAAACUAACUGACACGUUCUAUGUUCACAAAAGUAAAAAGUAAUAUUAAUCGUAGCGAAAAUUGAGUCGUUAAUGCACGAGCUUGGACUUGAUUUAAAAUGUGUUCGUUUCGGUAUUACUGCACGGAUGAAGAAUGUUCAAGCUGUGACUGGGGAGUUCUCGCAAAUUACGUCAACUUGCAAGCUAAUUGAAGCACCACCGGAUGACGUUGCGCCUCGGCGACGAAUUUUCUUCUUGGCCCAAAUUGCUCCCUGGCUUUUGUCGAUGAACUGAGCCGGAAAUGUAACGCUCGCUAUGAAGUGCAAAGAAAUGUUUUACUCAAAUUUGGAAGAAAUAUCGACAGUAUCCCGAAAAAAUUGUGGAAGUGGGUUUGAUCCAAGGCACAAAUCCACGUUGUCACUUGGCCAACAAGGCUUCCUUGCUGUUUGCCAAGGCUUGACGUGCAUCCAACUUCGCCUCUCAAGUUAAUGAUGCGAUUCAGUCUGCGGACAAGUACCUGGAUUAUCACGUUUUGUCGGACUUUGACGACACGAUAUUGCAUGCUGUUUUAAUCUUUCACACAAUUUAGCAAUUUU